AUAACGGGGCCCGUUCGGUGGAUGUGGCAUAGCCGGCCCACCCUCUCAUAGUCGUCCUCCUCCCCUGGCUCCUCGCCUCUGCAGUCACCCCUGUGCCGCGCGCGAUGUGGGCCGCCCAGCUGCCCCCUCUCAGAAUGGGCCUCCAGCCUCUGCUCCUGCUCCUGCUCCUGGCCACCUCUCUUGUUUCGCCAACCCGAGUGCAAGAUGCUGAGCCUCGGCCUGUUUUCUUAAUAGACAGUGUCAAGCUCAAGGUUUUGCCUGGACACAACGUGGGGAGUGGCACCAAUGUGACACUACAGUGUGUCCCAAAAAUCACCUCUGGCACAGGGAAAGCCCCGAGCUACCAGUCCAUCUUCUACAGGGACGGUGAUCUGGUAUUCACCCAAAACUCCACCACAGCAAGCCUGCUGCAUAUACCAGGGGCCAGAGUGGCUAACUCUGGAUCGUACUCAUGCGUUGUGUCUGGGUAUGGAAUGCGCAAGGAAAGCAAGUCUGAAACGUUGAGUGUCACAGGCUUGCAGACCCCGGUUCUCAUCCUCAACAAGAGCUUUGUAACUGAGGGGGAAGAGGUGACGGUCUCCUGCAGUGCCCCUGAGGAACUUGGCAAGUUCUUCUUCUACUUUUACGAAGAGUCGAAGGAAGUUACAAAAGUACAAGCCUCCACCAACUGGGCAAAGGCACCGCUCAUUUUUUCUUCACAAGGAAAUAAGAGCUUGCACUGUGACUAUGUUGUCGUCCUGCACCCAGGUUCUAUGCGUUCAAACCAAAGCAAGACAGUAAAUGUUUUUGUGCAGGAGCUAUCCAUCAGACCCUCAAUUGAGAUACAGCCUAGCACAAAUGUCAUUGAAGGAGACAUUCUGAACAUCACAUGUAAGGUCAUCGGCUCACUUUACGAAUCCGUCAAUGUGUAUGUGUCCAAGGACAAUAAGCUGUUGCAAACGGGAUUAGGCAGAAGUGUCUUUUCAAAGAAAAUGCUGUCUGACGACUCGGGGACGUAUGAGUGUAAAUUACAGAUGGGAAAUUUGCUGAAAACAGUCAACAGUUCUGUCGUGGUUUCAGAACUGUUUUCAAAGCCAGUUUUGACAAUGCACCCCAAGGAGGUGUUUGAAAAGGAGCCCUUCUCAUUAGCCUGUAACAGUCUCAAUAUCUCCACUCUAAGGAUCCAAGAAAAUAAUGUGAAAUACAGCAUUUUUAAGAAUGGCAAGAUUCUAACACUAGGAACUUUUCAUGGAAAAUACAAUCGUCGAGCAGAUACCUCCCUCAAUGGAAAUUACACCUGCUAUGCAGUAGCCCAUAUGAUACGAAAAACUAGCAACACUAUAGUGUUCAAAGCAAAAGUCCUCGUCUCCAAGCCAUUAAUGAAGGUCUCUGGAAACGUUAUUGUGGGGAAGAAUCUCUCGAUCCAAUGCCACUGUGAGAAUGGCAGCCUGCCCAUCAGUUACACCCUAUUGAACAAAAAAGUACCAGUGCACCCUGUCAUGACAGUAUGGCAGCCCAACGACACUGCUUUGUUCAAUGUCACCAUAAGGAGGAAGGAGGACAUUAAGAAUUUCACCUGUGAGGCCGAGAACAAUGGCUACUCUUCGAAGAAGGAGAGUGAUGUGCUCAACGUUACAGUCAUAGAACCUGUGUCAAAACCAAACCUGCUCAUUAUGCCAUACUUGGGGGAUGUCACCGAGGGAGAGGAUCUGUACCUUCAGUGCACUGUCAAAGACGGCUCUCCCCCAAUCACCUUCGAGUGGUACCGCGAUGGAUUGGACCAGCCCCUGUACUCCACGAAGUCAAAGGGGAGGUCUGAAUCGUAUCGUUUGGGUCGAGCAACGAGUAAUCACAGCAGCUCGUAUCACUGCAAGGCUGACAACCAGGCCAAAGAAGAAAUGCUGAGCAAGGCGGGCACCAUCAACGUGAGACUGGCCAGGUGGAAGAAGAUCCUGAUUGGUGUCUUCUGCAUUGUACUUCUGGUGUCCUUGAUCGGCUUUGGGUGCUAUCGAUACAGGGUCAAGAGAGGUAAAAGGGAGUCUGCCACAGAGCUGUCAGUAAAGCCUUCGAGCCCUAAAUCAGAGGACUCUCUCACUGUGAGUCUUGCCCACAGCACGGAAGUAUAUAACGCUGACAAAGACAGCGGCGAUGCUAGGGGAAGGAGCGUCUGGAGCGAGAGGGAGUCGCACUCUGACAACGAUGAGCAGAGCAGCGAGGAGGCACCGAAGGAGCCUGAUGUGGAGUACACCGAGGUGGUCCAUCCUCAGCCUGCAGACAGCUCACGAGCUCCAGUGAGGAAAGGCACAGAUACUGUGUACACCGAGCUCCAGAACUCUCCUCAAGAUGUAACUGACCACUCUGGCUAUCAGGGAUCGGUGGAGUACGCCCAGCUGAACCAUGACCUGCCGGAGCCCGUGGAGGCUGUGUAGCCCUCAGCACGGUGGAAGGCUUCCCCAGCACGGCCUCUCUCCAAGCCGUACAAUAUGUGGAAUAUAUUUAUAUAUUGCUACAGAUCUACAUCACCAUGUCCACCGCCAUUACUGCUGGAUGCUGUGCUGUAAAUGAUAUUACAAAAACCAGUAUUGAGGUUUUAUGUAGGAUCAUAGAUGUUAUGAAAGAAGCCCACUCCAUGUGAAGUAAAAUGUUUAUCGUUCUAACUGCUUUGCUGGAAAUUAUACUUCUACUUUUUAUAUUGACACCUUUUAAAUGUUUUUCUCCUUUUUCUCACCAAUUGGGAAUGUCCAGUUGUAAUAUAUCAGGAACCAUUUGGGACAAGUACAUGCUAUUCUCCAAAGCAGGCUAUGCCAGGUGCUGUUUCUUAUUGCACCGCAGUUGGAAAGUUAGGCUUGAAGAGACAUGAGACCGAGGGUGACUCUGCAGUUAAACAGGAGGACUUGCAGGUGCCUAGUUGAUGGGAUUUUCACCCCAGCCGACAGAAACCCUGCCAUCCUCAAGAUGCAGGAGUCAACUGUGGGUCCUCCUGCAGGACUGCCAGCCACAGUCAGCACUGGACUGUGGGAUUCAGUACCAGACCAUGGGCCUCAUCCGUGCGCUAGAACAGAGCCUUAACGGGAUAAGCCACUCUCCGCUGCCCGAUACUCACACCACUAUGAAAAUUGAGUAUUGGGGCAUCGUCAAAUUCUAAACUUCAUCAUCUGAUCACUGGACGCUCAAGAAGUUGACUUUUUUAAUUCCACUUCCCAGUCGGCUGGCAGGAAUGUAACAAUAACCCAGACUUCUGUGUUUAGUAUGAAGGACCCACAAGUGAGUGGGAACACCUCAAUGAUUCAUUAAAAGGAGCAGCAUCCGCUAUAUUCUUGUAUAACCUCACUGGGAAAUGUAUUGUAGUUGUAAUAUUCAUAUAAUAAUAAUAAUAAUAAUAAUAAUAAUAAUAAUAAUAACAACCACAACUUUAGUAAUAAUAAAAAUAAUAAUAAUGACUUGCAUCACCAUAUUGCAUUGGUUUAUACUGUAUUCUUCAUUUCUGGCAGGACUGUCUGACCAUAGCAAAUCUUACAAAAAUGUACUACAUUAAUAUUUCAUGUGAUAGUAAUUUGCUGGGCUGGAACCGAGCAUUUGUAAAUCUAUCACUUUUGUUUUAUUAUUAUUAUUAUUAUUAUUAUUAUUAUUUAUUACUAUUAUCAGCACUAUGACUGCAGCUGCUGGUAGCCGAAUAUGUUUACCAGGGGAAACAGUAGAAUUAUAUAAAUAAGAGAAAUUGUUCAUGAGCAUGUUUGUCAGCUUAAUGAUGCAAGUAUUUUUGUCAUGUAAAUGAGUUCACUGUUAGCAGGCUAAAUGGCUAAUUGAUAUGAUUCUGUACUCCGUGUACAUGAAAAUAUCCUUAAAACAUUCCUAAGGCUGUACUAGUUUUGAAACACAAGUUCUUUCAACUUUUCUUUUGUAAAUUUUGAAAAUAAACUUUGGUUACAGCAUCA